AAAUAUAGUUUACAUUUCUUAUGUCUGUCCACAUAGGUUAUUGAAGGAAGAUCUUAUCGCCUGCAACAUCCUUGGGUUGGAGUUGUGAACCGUUCACAAGCAGAUAUUAAUAAAAAUACAGACAUGGUUCUUGCGAGGCGUAAGGAGCGCGAAUACUUUGAAACCAGUCCUGACUCUGGGCACUUAGCUAAUAGAAUGGGUUCUGAGUAUCUUGCAAAACUUCUCUCAAAGCAUUUGGAGGCUGUGAUUAGGGCUCGAAUACCAACCAUCUUGUCUAUGAUUAACAAAAGCAUUGAUGAACUUGAAUCUGAGAUGGACCAUCUCGGUAGGCCUGUUGCCGUUGAUGCUGGGGCCCAAUUGUACACUAUACUGGAACUCUGCCGUGCAUUUGACAGGAUUUUCAAGGAGCAUCUAGAUGGAGGACGGGCCGGAGGUGAUCGGAUUUAUGGUGUCUUUGAUAACCAACUGCCUGCUGCAUUGAAGAAGCUUCCAUUUGAUCGACAUCUUUCUAUGCAGAAUGUAAGGAAAGUGGUUUCAGAGGCUGAUGGUUAUCAGCCACACUUGAUUGCUCCGGAGCAAGGUUACCGCCGCCUAAUUGAAGGGUCACUGAGGUAUUUUAGAGGGCCAGCUGAAGCUUCCGUGGAUGCUGUUCACUUUGUCUUAAAAGAACUUGUGAGGAAGUCAUUAGCAGAAACUCAGGAAUUGAAGCGCUUUCCUAGUCUGCAAGCUGAAAUAGCUGCUGCAUGUAAUGAAGCCUUGGAUAGGUUCCGUGAUGAAAGUAAGAAGACAACUCUUCGAUUAGUGGACAUGGAAUCUGCAUAUUUGACUGUGGAUUUCUUUCGGAGACUUCCCCAGGAAAUAGAGAACACAGGAAACCCAGGAAAGCCUGGUACAACACCAGCAGGAAAGCCUGGUACAACACCUGCCUCUGCUGUGGACCGCUACUCAGAGGGCCACUUUCAGAGGAUAGGAUCGAACGUAUCCUCUUAUGUGAGAAUGGUGUCUGAGACACUGAGGAACACAAUCCCCAAGGCUGUUGUUCAUUGUCAAGUCAGAGAGGCUAAAAUGUCGUUGCUGAAUCACUUCUACAUACAAAUAGGGAAGAGAGAGGCUAAGCAGCUUUCCCAGCUGCUUGACGAAGAUCCGGCCUUGAUGGAGAGGAGGCAAGAGUGUGCUAAAAGGCUUGAAUUGUACAAAUCAGCUAGGGAUGAGAUUGAUUCUGUAGCAUGGGUCCGCUGAGAUGGAUUAUUAUUCCGAGACGUUAUAGUUACUGCUGCUAACACGAUCGAAUUUGUUGAAUUGUUGGACAACAGAGAUGUUGUCCUCUCUUUUUUUCUUCUGUUUUUCGAUUGUUAUUCUUGUAGGUGUUGACCCAAAUUCUCAUGGUUUGGGAAAUUCUAGUAUUUUUUACUAUAUAUGUAUAGUAUAUCAGAUUGAUCACGCAUUACUUGUUUUUGUCUCGCAAAUCUUUUUUUUCA